GUGGUGGUCCAAGUUGAACAGCAAGCGCGACUGAGAGAACAGAAGACUGAAGGUGCAUGGCUGAGUGCUGCGGCUGGAGGGGGUCACCCACUGCAGAUCCUCUCAGUCGAAGGGGGCUCCGGUUUCCUCCUGAAGGUGGCGACCAGCCAGACCACUCCAACCAGGCCAACCUCCAACUGCAACCACCACACCUUCGACUACAGACGACAUAUCACUGCCCCAUCGUAAUCCUGAAGACGAACUCCAAACUCACCACAAACCAAAAACAUACACACACACACACACUCGAAACAACAUGGAUGCCAAAGAACUAGAAACUUAUGAAUACCAACUCAGUCAGGUUAACCUGGUCCUCGAAAAAGACCCGACGAACGCCGAAUGUCUAAGUCUGCAGGGAGAACUUGUCAAUCUCAUCACUCUUACCAAAGAUUUCCUAGCUCAGACUGGUAGUAGCAAACACACUAACCCCUCCGGUGAUCACCAUAAAGAAUCCUCAUUAGAUCCUGCUCAAAGUCACCACUCCAAUAAUAAACACUCUCGUCAGGCUUCAAAAACUCCCAAUAAUGAAUCUGAUAAUAAUCAUAAUAAAUCUCAAUCAACUUCAACAAACCAAACCGAUAUCAAGUCUCUCAAUCCUGGCGAUCUAUGUAUGGCUAAAUAUGCUGGAGAUGGAAAGUAUUAUCCAGCAAAAAUCACAACAAUCGGGGGUUCAUCAGAAACGAGGAUAUACACGGUAGUUUUCAAGGGAUACGACACCACCGAGCUAGUCGCGGCUACCGAAAUCCGGCCGAUAGUCGACCAGAAGAAGAGGAAUCUAGAGGCGGUCGAACAGGAGACCGACAAGGAUCGCAAACGGAAGAAGAACGAGAAGAAGACCGAGAAUAAGGCCGCCAAGGCCGCCGAACAGCUCGAGAAACAGAAAUCGUGGCAGUCCUUCGCUAAGAAGAGCGUCAAAAAGGGCGUCCAUAUUCCUGGUAUCGUUGGUGAUUCCAUGUUUGCAUCGCCCGACAAUCCCUUCGGAAAGGUUGGUGUUGUCGGCUCUGGCAAAGGCAUGACGCAAUACGGCAGCAAACAACGCCACAAAUUCAACGGCAACGGCGCCGAAUAAAGAUCUCUGUGUAUUAACGGUCGCCGGUUUAUGUCUAGAAAUGAAGACAGAUGGGUUGGACCAGUCUCAACUUUGGUACAUGCUAUCUGCCUCAGCAACACGUCACACCGUAUCAUCUUUUAAACUCAUCCUUCCUUUUCAAUCUCCCUUUACACUGUCUUUGUUUUUUUAUCAAAUUUUCCUUGUGUGAAAAAGAUGGUGGUCUACUGCCCCCCAAAAAAAACCAAAAACAAAAAAGGGGUAAUCAUCCUUGCUCAGAUAAACUUGUCUUACUAUUAUCCAGUCUCUCUAUUCAGGACAUUUGAUCGAUCUUAACCAGAGUUCUAUACUUGUUUCUUUUU